AUGACGCCCGACGACCUAGGGUCGACGGCGAGGGAUGGGGCGUCUAGUUCCGCGCCUAGGGACAACCUGACCGAUAUCUCCAGCAGCCGGAACAGAGAAAAUGGGCGCCACACUCGCUGGACGGGGAACGUUCUGGACACCGGUGCCACGCCCGGGGGGAAGAACGGAUCGCUGGCCAAUGGGAAUGGGCACGGAAGCGGCGGGAAAAACGGGGACAGACAACGCGGCACCCCGGCCGCCGUGCGGCAGACCCAGGGCUACACAUACAGCGAUAGAGGGAAAGCCGCGGCGUUGGAGACGAUCGCGGCUCAAGAGUCCGCGAAGAAAGUGGCGGCGUGGCUGAACGGGCUGAGCGCAGGAGGGGUGGCGGUCGUGGAAGCACGGGGUUCAGGGUGGGCGAGCACGCGGCACGGGAGGGAGGGCCUCCCCGGCUUCCUGCGGCAGACCGCGGGCCCCGACGUGGGCGUCCUCUGGGUGGAAGUCCUUCCGUCGGGGCUGUACCACCACGGCAGCAGUAGCUGCAGCAACGGCGGCAGCAGCACCGGCGCGGACGAUCCACUGCGGUCGCCGACCCUGCUGCCCUACUCUUCACCGCUGUUUACGCGCACCGGGGGCUCCGGUCACCCGCAAACGGCGGCGGCGCAUCGUUCUAGCGGGGGCACAGCGACAGGGGCGGCGGAGACCACCGAGAACGGCGUGGGGGGUGCGUGGAAGUCGGUCAACGGGCUCCCCCGCGGCGUGCCCAAGGGUCUCGGGGGGAACGUCGUGGACACGUUUCUCCAGUCGGGUAGCCUUGUCGGCGCCGGGGGGCACGUGAUAUACGAGUCGGUGAGGAGGGGGGCGAGGGGCGGCGCCGGCGGCGCCGGCGGCAAGGGAAAGAGCUGCUUCGUUAGCUUGGCGGAUCAGGGACUGGACGUGCAGAGCCAGCUACAAUACGAGGCGUGCCCAUUGGCUGAGCGUGUCGGGACCUUCGCGGGGGCCCUGCGGAUGAAGAAAUCGUGGCACGGAUGCCCGGUGUAUCUCACCCGGCACGGGGAAUCCCUCGGGAAUCAGACAAAGUCCAUGGGGGGCGACGGGAACCUUUCGGAGACGGGCGACAGGUAUGCCGGCGUUUUGGCGGACUUUGUGGCGGCGCAACUCGGCGCGGGGCAGAGCCGCCUGUUGGUGUGGUGCUCGCCGAUGAAACGGGCGACACAGACGGCCAGGGCGGUGAAAUGCCACCGGUAUUCCCAGUGGCAAGCACUGACAGAACUGGACACGGGCGUCUUUAACGGCUGCUCCUACAAGCAGGUCGAGAGGGAUUACCCCGACGAGUUCACCGCAAGAGAAGUCGACAAGCUGUGCUAUCGCUACCCGGAAGGGGAGGGGUACCUCGACGUCGUGAACAGGCUAGACCCGGUGGUCGUCGCCCUGGAGAAGGAAGACCGUCCGGUGAUCGUCGUUUCUCAUCAGGCGGUUCUCCGUUGCCUGUAUGCCUACUUCCACGACAUCUCCCUCCGAGAGAUGCCCCGAAUUCCCAUCUCCCUCCACACCGUCGUCAAGCUCACCCCGGUCGACUAUCACCCGGAGGCAUCGGCGGCGGGGGCGGCGGCGGGGGCGGCGGGAGGGGGGGCGCGGUUCUGGAAGGAGCUUCGCUUUGAGCUGAUUCAGCAGACGCCCUUGCAGCACCUCGUGGAAGCGGCGGCAGUCAGCGGCGGGAGAAACAGACGAACGUCGUCGCAGCUUGGGGAGAGGUUGUCCUGAGCAGGGACAUUUCGAAGCGAAAAAGUGAAAUUUCCAGGAAGUUUCGAGGAGUUUUAUUGUUUGGCGACGACGACAACUAAGAGUUUCGCCGAUACAAACAGGGGAGUUUUUUUUUUCAUGUGUUGUCUCUCGGUGUGUCUCUCUCACUUUCUCUUCGAAAUGAUGGGAAGAGUAGCUCUGAAAGUGUUUGCUUGAUGUUGUUUUUCCUCAUGAAUGGUACGUCUGGAAAUCGGUGUGGGUCUGGCUUUGGUCUUUAGUGUUUUUGGAUGGAGGGCGGGAGUUAGUGACUAGACCGAGUGCUUGCACAGGCUCAUGUGAGAAUGAUAACUUCUCGAGGGGUCGAGCGCCCGGCCGUCGAAGGUAUCCAUUCUUGCUGAUUGCCAUGGUGGCGGGAUAGAGAGCGACUCGGUUCGACCGCCAUUCGAACUUCGCGGCGAUUGUUUUUCUCAAGAACUUGGGGCGUGCACAUGAGAAACGCGUUCGAUGGCGGACACAGGGCUUAUCGGUGUGAGGUAUUUCGCGUGCGACAUGCUGGGGGGUGAAAAUGUUGAGAGUUGUGUGGUAUCGGAUUCCGAAUAUUCGGUGCUAAGAAAUCGAUCCAAAACAUCGUGCUGAGUGUUUCUUAUUUGUGCGCGAUGCUUACGGGGGGUUGGACGCUGUUGUGCGGAAAAGUGUGCUCUGACAGUAGUACGAAAGAGCCGCAAUAUGUCAAUCGAAGACUGGGUGCUGUUGUCGGUGUUCACCUGUCUGUGCUGUGGCGCAUGUAUGCUGAGGGGAUCUCGUGGGAGCUGGACCGGUUCGUCAUGCUGUUUCCUCUUGAUGCUUCUGUUUUACCAGAGUUGGUGUGUGUGUCCGUGUCCCUUUGUUUUGUCUUGAGGAGGAGGCGUAAUUUUAGGAGUGAAUCUGGAACAUUUUCGGAUCUAUCUCGGUGGGAGUAUUAUUGUAUUAGUGUCAAUUUUUCUUGUUGAGUGAGCGCGGUCUGUUGGGCUUCUCCUAUUCCUAUUGUGUUUCUCUCUUUGUGUGUGGUGCAUCAGAGAAGCAUCCUGCUAGAGCCAUCCGCAAGAUGUUGUACGCUGGCAGCUACACGUAUCUUUAUGCUGGCAAACCCAACCAAGCAGGAGGGAGAAAGAAACAGUACCAGGGUGACGCUCGUCGCGUGGAUUUGUGGUAGCAGUCUUUGUUGUUGCGUUCAUCAUCUGGGGUUCCCUGCCAUAGAUAUCAGAUGCUUUGCUGCUGCUUUUGCUGUCAAGACAAGCAGUGUGUGUGUAUGGUUGAAAAUGUGUUGUAUUGGUUAGACUCUAUUUUUUUUAUGGUCUUCUUUUCCUGUUUCGGUGUUGGUUAGAAAUUCACCGAAAGGGAAACAAAGGCGGGUAAUGAUGGAUGUGAGGGGGGAGGAACGACUGUUUCUUGUUGGUUUGUUAGUAUGACCCAACGAAUCCAUCUCUAUCUAAGAAAAUACUAAGAUAGAUUAGCAAUGGAUCCAUAGCGUCAGCGAAAGUUUUUUUCCCACGAUUUCUUUUUUUAGAAAGUAAACAUAACCUCACAGAAAGACUACCCGUUCGAGAUAUAACCACAGUCUGUCGAAAGGGAUGUGGUGAAGUCCUUUCAGUGUGACUUGUAAGUUUUUUUGCAUGCCUCAGUUCUUAGACUGUUGACCAGGUGUGCGUGCGUCCUCGAGAGGACGGAGCGUUGUUCUCACAGGACCGAUCACCGAUGGCCAAUCGUUCCUUCCUACUUUGCCAAAGGCGUCUCAAAAAAUGUUUUCCCUAUCCUAUCUAGUAAAUAUCUAUCUAUCCUGUGGAUAUCACUUUCCGCCUUUUCGAUGAGGGGGGGGGGAGAGAGGUUAGACGUUUCUUUGCUUUGGCCCCGUCCCACCGGCGAGACGGAGCUGUACGUGCGAA